AGAAGGGUGGGCCGUGAGUUGACGUGACAAGCAGGCAGCGAUAGCCGAGUUGCUGCUCCUUUUAGACGAAACUAAUCGAUCCGGAAGCGCGGCCGGGAGCAGGAUGUAGCAGAUCUAUAUUCCUUACUCUCCCCCUUCUUUUUCCUCCUCCUGCCCCCCUAAAGCUUUCUCCUUACUGUGUCCCAUUGGCUCUGGCCUCUCUGUCCCUAUAUAUAUAUAUCUCUGUAUCACCCUGCCGCUGCCCUCCUCCCAUUACCUCCCCCCGGUACCUGUAGGAUGGCCGUGUCGCUGAAAUCUCCGUUAGUCGUCACCGUUGCCAUCGAUCUCCAUUUUGUGGCUCUUACAAUCCUGGGACUGGUGAGCCGACUCUGGAGACUGUCGUACCCCCAAGCAGUUGUGUUCGAUGAAGUCUAUUACGGGCAGUUUAUAUCCCUGUACAUGAAAAGGAUAUUCUAUUUGGACGACAGUGGGCCACCUCUAGGUCACAUGUUGCUGGCUCUGGGGGGUUACGUCGCUGAUUUUGACGGGAACUUCAUGUGGAACCGAAUUGGAGCCGAGUACAGCAGCAACGUGCCGGUGUGGUCCCUGCGCCUCCUUCCUGCCCUAUCGGGAGCUCUCUGCGUCCCUCUGGCCUAUCAGAUUGUAGUGGAGCUGGGAUUCUCCGCCCGUGCCGGACUGGCCGCCGGCUUUCUGCUGCUGUUUGAGAACGCUCUGAUCACUCAGUCCCGCCUGAUGCUGCUGGAGUCUGUGCUCAUCUUCUUCAUCCUCCUGGCUCUCCUGUCCUACCUCAAGUUCCAUGGGUGCCAGCGGAGAAGCCCCUUCUCUGUAUCCUGGUGGUUCUGGCUGCUCCUGACUGGGAUCUCGUGCACCUUUGCUAUUGGGGUGAAGUAUAUGGGACUUUUCUCCUACUUGCUUAUUCUGGGGGUUGCUGCUGUGCACUACUGGCAGUUGAUUGGUGAUCAGACUUUGGGCAACGUGUGGCUACUCUUCCAUCUGCUGGCACGGUGCCUAGCCUUGCUUCUGAUGCCUGUACUUCUGUACCUUGGCAUAUUCUACCUACACCUGUCCAUACUGACACGUUCUGGGCCUCAUGACCACAUCAUGAGCAGUGCCUUUCAAGCCAGCCUGGAGGGAGGCCUUUCCCGGAUCACCGAGGGGCAGCCGUUGGAAGUGGUGUAUGGCUCUCAGAUCACCCUCAAGAACACUCUUGGCAAACCUGUCCCCUGCUGGCUUCACUCGCACAAGCACACGUAUCCCGUAAGGUACGAAGGGGGGCGUGGGAGCUCCCACCAGCAACAGGUUACCUGCUACCCAUACAAAGACGUCAAUAACUGGUGGAUUGUGAAGGACCCGGCACGGCAGCAAAUGGUGGUCGACUCCCCUCCUCGUCCCAUCCGUCAUGGUGAUACCGUGCAGCUGCUACACGGAAUGUCGGCACGCUUCCUGAACACGCACGAUGUGGCCGCUCCCUUCUCUCCGUAUUCCCAGGAAGUCUCCUGUUACAUCGACUACAACAUCUCCAUGCCGGCACAGUCCUUAUGGAAGGUGGAGAUUGUAAACCGCGAAUCAGAUAUGGAUACGUGGAAAACCAUCAUUUCAGAAGUGAAGCUGAUUCACGUCAAUACUUCGGCAGCUCUGAAGCUCAGCGGGACAGCUUUGCCCGACUGGGGUUUCCGUCAGCUGGAAGUGGUCGGAGAUAAAGCAUCGAAAAGUUACCACCAAAGCCUGGUGUGGAAUGUGGAGGAGCACCGGUACGGCAGGAGUCAGGAGCAGUCGGAGAGAGAGCAGGAAUUGCACACGUCUCCUCACAUCGACGUGGGACGGAAUCUCAGUUUCAUGUCUCGCUUUUGGGAGCUGCAGUGGAAGAUGCUGACAAUGAGGACAGAGAGCUCGGAACACAAAUACAGCUCGUACCCAAUGGACUGGAUCACUAUGGACACCAGCAUUGCCUACUGGCUUCACCCCAAGAGCACGGCUCAGAUUCAGCUCUUGGGCAACCCCGUGAUAUGGAAUUCUGCCAACCUGGGCGCCCUCAUUUACUCUGCUCUGCUGAUUUUCUACCUACUGCGCCAGCGGAGAAGGAUCUAUGACAUCCCACAAGGUUCCUGGGAGGCCUUGCAGCUGACUGGGGUGCUGUUCCUCGGGGGCUGGGCUGUGAAUUACUUGCCCUUUUUCCUGAUGGAGAAAACCCUCUUCCUGUACCAUUACCUUCCUGCUCUUACCUGCCAGAUCCUUCUGCUCCCACCACUGCUCGAGCACCUCCACCAACAUCUGCUCAGGUCGGAAGCGUUACAGAACACCUUUGCCGCCCUGCUGUUGGUUUGGGGGUGUAGCGUGUACCUGACAUACCGGAAGAUUUGCCCCCUGACGUACGGAGACCCACCCCUGUCUCCCGCCGAGCUGCGCAGCCUGAGAUGGAAAGACAACUGGGACAUUUUGAUCAGAAAGCAGUGACCGCUCACAGCCACCGUACCCCAUCUCUGUGCUCUGUGAGCAGUACUGUAAGCAGCUAGGUAUCUCGUUUGGCCCCUAACACUCAUGUCAUAAAGAUUUUGAUAGGAUAGAAUGGAACCGUAUGUUCCAGUAGCGGCACGACACACAUGGUCCAGUAGCGGCACGACACACAUAGUCCAGUAGCGGCACGACACACAUGGUCCAGUAGCGGCACAACACACAUGUUCCAUUAGCAGCCACCCGUUCGGGAGCUGGACAGACAGAUAAAGAGACGAGUAACACACGGAUGUAGAUUUUUGCCUUAUUUUUUAAUAAAAGUGAUUGUUAAUGA